AUGGGCGCAGUUUGCAAACCGGCGGCGGCAACGAGGGGGGGGGCGGUGCGGUGCCGCAGCCGCCACGGGCACCGCCGGCCCCGGCGCCCCCCCCGCCCACCCGCCCGCCCGCUCGGGUCCGCCCCGGCGGCGGCGGCGGGGGGAUGGGCUCGGCCCGCUCCCUCGGUGCGGGCGCAGAGCGGCGGCCGCGCUCCGCGCUGGGAACCGGCGGUGCCGCGGGGUGUGGGGGGGGUGGGGGGGGACACGCGACACGGCCCCCCCACCCCCGGCUCGGGGCGCGCCGGGCUGGCUGCGGGGCGGGCCCGGCGCCGAGCGGUGCGGGCGCUGCGGUGCUUUCCUUCCUUUCCCCCCCCGCUCCGGGAGAGCGCGGCGGCGGCGGUGCGGCUUCGGAAAAUGGCGGCCGGGCGCUUUCUCUGCCCUCCCCCUCCCUUCAACCGGAGAAUCGCGCAGCGCGCCGCCCGCGCGCCCGCAGCCAGGGGGCCCCGCCGAGCCGCCGCCGCGCGCUGCAGUGCGGGAGGGGGCGCUGCGGUGAGGGAGGGGGCGGGGCGCGGCGCCCAUUGUCCGCCCGCUGCAGGAUGGCCGCCGCUCGGCACGCUCCGCCCGCCGGCAGGGGGCGCUCGGCGCGCCGCGCCCGCUGGGUGGGGCGCGCAGGCGCAAAGCGAGGCCGCGGGGGCCGAUGGGAAGCGUAGGCCGCGCGCCGCUCGUUGCGGCCCCGCUGCCGGGAGGCGGGCGCCGAUUCGAACGCCGUCGCAACCCGCAACGCUUCGAACGCCCGGAAUUCCGACCCGCGCCUCGCGAGGCCGCACCGCGAUCCCCGCCGCACGCGCUGAGCCCGCAGCUGGGACGGCCCGGGCCCGGAGCACCCACGCGCAGCGCUGCGGCCCCGAGGGCUGCCUCAGCCCCACUGAGCGCGGGAGCCCCGCCGCGGCUGCCGGGCCUCGCCCCGCUCUGACCUUCAGCUUCGCCACAGCACCGGGUGACGCCGAGCCGCGCCCCACGCAAACGCCACGCAGCCGCCGUCGCUGCCGGCCAAAGCCAGCUCCCCUCGGGCCGCCCCGGCUGGCUCCGGUCCUCUCAGCCCGACCUCGGCCUUCCCCUCGCUGCCCAUCACGGCGAGUCGGCUUUAAAGCACGGGAACUCAAAGCCGUGCAGUUCAACUGCAGAAUUAGCACCAAGCAAUGGGAAGAGCGGGCACACACUGCCUCCUGGCAACACAAACCCUCACAGCUCAGCACAUAGCCAUGGAAAACCCAGCCCAGCUUAGGUCAGCAGAGAGCUGUGCUGGUUUGUAUGCCUCAAACAACUCGCCCUGGUCUGCCCCUCACUGUCCUCCCUUCCUCGACAGAAGCCCCUGUCCCAGUUCUCCUGUCUCAGUAGCUCCACACAGAACCUUGAGAAAUUACUUUCUUAGUUCUGUGUGGCAUAUCUUGUUUGAGUCUUUAGGUGAAUAAGGAGACAGAAGGACAUCAGGACAGGGUGUUAUCAGCAACCCCACGCUCAGCACAGGAUCACACACAGCGUGCUCCGUUCUUACACCCUACAGAAGUACCAGUUCUGAAAAUCUGCCACGUGGUGAACUCUGCAGUUUCUGUUCCACCUCCCCACGUGCGGGCGGCCCUUUAGGACAUCAGGAGACCGGACCCUAUGAGGGCACAAACAACUCUGGUUUUUUUUAAGUCUAUCUAGAAUUCAUUUGAGCUGAAAAGACGAGUAAGUAGAACGUGCAUCCAUAUAUUAGAAAAGGGAGGGAAAGGCUUUGGCAAUCAGAUGUGGAAGAAGUUAAAAAUAUUCCUGUGCAAUAAAGUUUCCCUUCUUUUGCUCA